AUGCCAGAAAAGGCGGAGAGUCUUCUUACGAAAUGCUGCCAGCAGGACACGAGAAUCUAUGAGGAGCUACAAGCAUGUUUUCUUCUACCAGGCUUGACCACGCAGCAGGGGAUCGUGAACCCACCAGGCGCAUCAAAGGGUCUGAGUAUAACGAUAGGAUCCCCGCGCCUGGGUUCUUCAUCCAUUGAGUCACAGUAUCCUAACUCACCUCCUGCACGCCAUAGACCGGCACAACCCCAAUACCCUUCUUCAAUCUCGAUACCCGCCACACCCAUAAGUCCCCCGCGAACAGUAUCGUCUGUGCUAUCACAUUCUUCACGGGGCGAGUCCACUCAUAGAGAGUACAUUCUUCUUAUCAACCAUGGCGAAAGGGGCGUUGAAGAGAGACCCGCGAGCAUGAGAAAUGCUAGUAUUAAUUCCAGUGUAAUGCGCGAGGGCCUUCAGUAUACUUCCAACCACACACCUUCGGAUAAAGAGUAUGUUGAGAUACCAGGUUCAAUACCGGAGACAUAUUUAUCGGUCCCGGUGUUAUACUGUACAGAUGUAAUAUGGCGUCGACAAAAGAGCAACUCCACGCAUAGCACUACAUUCUAUGUAGUAUCUAAGCGUGAGCUGGACAUUGAUAUUCUUCUCGGCCUCGAAGACUCUGGAGAAGGUACAAUGGAAUACCCACCACCCGUUGCUCCACAGCCACAACGCCCACAUAAUUACCAUUUCAAGGACUACAGUAUACCGGUUCAUGCACCUUCACCUCCUACACACUCGUUCCACCGUUCCACAUUGAUGUACGAUGCCUCAGCCACCGCGACCCCGGUGCACACUCAGCCGCAGCAUCAUCACAUUGUCGAGACUCUUCUCGAAAGGCAACGUAGAUCUGGCACAGUGGUUGAAGAAAGCCGCUUUUCCCAACACUCGCCAAUUGGAAUUACUCCCGAUCGUCGUGCUUCACAGAGCGAAUACGCUCAGUCGAUGCACGCUCCAGCGCCUGCACCUCAAAGUCACGGUGUUGGCCAAGAUGAGUCCGUCUCGAGGGUCAGACUCCAUUGCGACUGGGGACCGACACCGCUCAAAAUGUGGCUCGAUCUACGUGCAAAGCCGAAAGACUUCUUCAGUACUUUCAGCCUAUGCGCACAGAAGCGAAAUAUCAUCUUCACGCGAGAAUCAGUGGUGAUAUACUUGAAGCCAGACAAGAAGGCGCCAGAUAACGAGGCUCAAAUUCUUUCACUUGCGGAAGAUGAAAUGCAAGCGGACUGGGAGACGAUUGUAGCGGAACUGGAGGAGAUGAUACAGGGAAAGUCGUCGAAUAUCUACGGGAAGGUCCAGGAUGGGGAAGGAUGA